AUGCCGAACAACAUGAAAUCCGCUAUAGAUUAUAGAAAUAAGUUUGUCCUCGCGCCUAUGGUGCGUGUCGGUACGCUACCGAUGCGGCUACUGGCCCUGGAAUACGGUGCCGAUCUCGUUUACACCGAGGAAAUCAUUGACUGGAAGUUGCUGCGAACGGAACGACACACAAACGAGGUACUCGGAACGGUGGAUUACAUCGACAAAACGGACGGUACGGUUGUGUUCCGUACCUGCCCGGAUGAACGGGAAAAGGUGAUCCUGCAGAUCGGUACGGCUUCCGUCGAGCGUGCAGUUGCCGUGGGACUGAUGAUGCAAAAUGAUGUAGCAGCGAUCGAUGUGAAUAUGGGUUGUCCGAAAGAUUUCUCCAUCAAGGGUGGCAUGGGUGUGGCAUUACUGUACGAUCGGCCCCGUGCAAAAGCCAUUCUCGAAGGGUUGGUCCAAAGCGUAAGCAUUCCGGUGACGUGCAAGAUACGUGUUAUGCCCGAUCCGGACGAAACGAUACAACUCGCGAAAGAUCUCGAAUCGACCGGGAUCAGUGCGAUCGGGGUGCAUGGACGCACAAAAACGGAACGACCGCGUGAUCCGGUUAAUGAAGAUGCUAUCGCAAGGGUCGCCACUGCACUACACAUUCCCGUCAUUGCAAACGGUGGUUCGCAGAGCAUAAGCCGCCGUCACGAUAUAGUGAAGUUUGCGCAGCGUUGUUCCACCACAAGCGUUAUGGUGGCCCGCGCCGCCGAAUGGAACUGUUCCGUGUUCCGGACGGAUGGUCCGCUCCCGCUGGAUGACGUUAUACGGCGAUAUUUGGAACUUUCGGUACGGUUCGACAAUUCACCCUCGAAUACCAAGUACUGCGUGCAGAUGAUGUUGCGCAGCUUGCAGGAAAGCCCGACCGGAAGGCGUCUACUGGACAGUCAAACGAUGCAGCAGAUAUGUGAUAUCUGGGAGCUGGGUGAUUACUGUCGGGAAACUCAGCUGCGUUACCAUUUUGCCGGCAUCAAGGGAAGACGGGCGUGUCGGCCAAGGACACUGUCGGAGAAUGGCAAUCAUAUGGGGGCGGAUGACAGUGAACCGGCUGCGAGUAAAAAGCAAUGCCUCGAGAAACCGCCAGCUGAGCAGGAGAUUGAUCCGGAACCACUUAUUGAGGAGAACGUUUGCUUUAUACGGUCCAACUUUACUGAUGACAACACGCUGCCCAAAUCAAAGCUCUAUCUGCACGCCGUUCGCAACGGCCUUGCCCGGGCACAGUACGAGGUGCAGCAGAAGGAUAAACUGUUCCGGGCGUUCAUACGGUACGAUGGCAAACGGUACACUAGCUCGUUCUGGGAGAAAAACAAACGGUACGCGGAACAGGCGGCUGCCCUUGUCUGUCUGCUGAAGCUCGGGGCAGAAACGCGCGAAGAAUUGAUACGCAACGGUGCUAUGUUGCCGACGGCCAAAAGCGACACUACAGACCAUCAGAAUCCGGUCGAGCACAACGGUAAGCUGAAUGGUGCAAUCGAAACGAACGGAACGGAAUAUUUGCCACGGGUGAAUGGAAAGGAGGUUUCCGAAAGUUGCUAA